AUCCUACGCACCUGUCCUCCAUGAGUGUCCACAGUGAAAACGAAGGCCAGCCGCUUUCAUAGCCAAGCCUUUUCAGCUACCUAUGGCAGAGCCUAAAACUGGCCUAUUUCAAUUUCUAGGGUUACAAACAAAUAGUAAAGAAAAAAGAAAGAUUAUCAAACCAGUCUUCUUCGUCUCUACUUGCAUUGUGCAUUUCCUGGGUCUCUCACUCUCUCUGUGACUGCGUGUUUCAGAAUAUGAUUCUUCUUUUGCAUUGCUUUUUGUCUGUGAUUUGAUUUGAUUUUGUUCAUUUUCUAUCUCCUCUUGUCACUGUUGCAUUGUACUGUGGAGUGGUUUUCUGUCCAGGCUUUCGCAGGCUUGUGUUGUGUGUUGUUUCCGCGAAAGUUGUUGUCCUACUACGAGGAGAGAGCAUUUGCAUAUGCAGUACACGGCAUUACAGUUGGGGAUUCGAUCAUCGAUAGUAGUAGUAGUAGUAGUGGUGAUGUAGAUUGGAGCAUUAUUCGAUGACGGUUUUAGAUAGAAAUGAAGAGAGACAGCAAGGCUUUAGCUAAAAUAUCUGAGUGUCUUUAACCCAAAUUAGGGAAUUGCAGAGAGUGCUUCUUUUGUGGAAAUUAGGACUUAUUUAUGGAUUUUGUGGGGUAUUUUUUUUCAUUCUCGACUAUUCAAUCUGAUUGAUUAGAAGAGGAUUUCAGUGUUUUGGGUCUAGGGUUUGAGAUCAUUUGCAUUGUGUUGUUGGAGCCAUGAAUGAGAGUGCAGGGAAGAAGGGUUCGUCUCUGGCCGUAGUGGAGAAGCGGCCUCAUAAGCCCGGGGGCUGUGUUGGUAUCUUCUUUCAGCUCUUCGAUUGGAAUCGGAGGUUCGCCAAGAAGAAGCUUUUCCCUAAGAAAUUGCUUCCUCCAGCUUGUCCAAAACAAGCUCCUGGAAAGUUUGGCGGAGACGACAAGUUGCCCAAGCUUCGUUUGAUUGCCAAUGAAAACAGUGGGGGUUUCCCAAAUGUGAAGAAAAACGGGACUUGUAACGAUGAUCCUAACCAAAAUCCUGGAAUCCGACCUCCGGGUUUAGUUGCUAGGCUUAUGGGUUUGGAAUCUAUGCCGGCUGUACAACAAGAUAAGUCAAACAAAGUUUUAUUAUCUGAAACUGGCAAUGAUAAAGGAGUUAAAUCUAUGAAUAGUCAUAGUGGGUUUGAUGAGGAAGAUCGGAAUUUGGAGAAGCUAAGUGCGAAACAUGAAUUGAGGCCUCAAAAGCUUCAGAAGACGGGAUCUUUGGGAAGACAGCCACUCAGUAGGUUUGGAGCCGAGGCAUUGCAUUUCAAAAGUGUUUUGUCACGAUCAAGAAAGCAUCAUCAUCCGAAACUCGUAUCUCCAGUGAAGAGCCCAAGAAUGUCUUCUGGAAGAAACGCAUCUCGGUUGAUUGAUGUUGCUGCUAGAAUUUUGGAGCCUGGGUUGCAAUCUACCAAUAGAGCUAAAUGUGCUCUCACUUAUUCGAGUACUACACAUGAUACUCCCAACCGUAAGGUUAUAAUGGAGGGAAUGAUGUCCCAGUCGCUGGACCCAUCAAAAAAUUCCAAUUUUCAUGCGACUACGGCAAAGUCAUUGAAAGGGCAUUCUUGCAAAAACUGCGGUAGUUUGCUAGAUGUGGACUGCGGCCCAAAUUUGGAGAAACAGUCAUUACCAUUUGGUUCCUGUGUCUCAAAUUAUGUCAACCCUUCUUUGCAAGGGAUAGAAAGGAGUAAGCCUGGACCAGCCAUGUCCUCCCUUGAGCAAGAAAAAGAGCGAAUUAGAGAGAGAAGUCAGGAGCAAUCUGUGGCUCUCACUGCCCCAGCAAGGAACAAUAUGCGAAUUCAUGCUGAAGCCAUUGCUAAUAAAAAGCCUCCUAAUCGAGAAGGUCAAAUCCAGUGGCACUGGGCAAGCCAACAAUGCAAGUCGCAAAAGGAUGUGCCAUCUUCUAUUGCUUUUAGGCCCAAGACUCAAAGGCAAAAUCAGGUAUCCCUAGGCAGGGAUAGAGUUCCACUAAGAUCAAAUUUAUGUAGUGUUCGUACUAACAGAGUUUCAUCUUCUUCAAAUACUAUUAAUGAGACAAAAGAUUUUGUUGCUUUAAAUCGAAGUCUUAGUCGAACCCAGUCAAGAAUGCCUGUCAAAGUGGAUAAUUGCAGAUGUGAUGCAGAGAGGAAGUCUUGUAACAAGCGAGAUGGUUCUUUAUCCCCUGUACGGAAGAGGAGGUCAGUAAAUGAAAGUUCUGGUUUUGCCAGCUCCACCUUUGCAAAACAAAGAAAUGUUAGGUGCAAUGCAAUGACUGGAAAGGGUAUUGGACUUGAUGCUCACUCUGUGAAUUGCACCAGCAGUAGGAGCACAACGGUUCGUCCGGGAGAUAGUAAUAUAAGCGGUGGCAAUAAGGACAAUGAUGUUAUUUGUUUCACGUUUAAUUCACCCAUGAAGCAGAAGAUUGAAAGUGGCGGCAUUACUCGUAAUACUGCUCAGAAAAUUUCCAUUUCGGAUAAAAGUGAGAGACAGAUGAGCUCUGAGAAAACAUUCCCAUUGAGUGGAGAUGCAUUAGGUGCUCUUUUAGAACAAAAAUUUAAGGAGUUGACUUGUCAAGAAGAGGAUGAGUUAGCAACAGGAGGUACCCGACCAAGUAGAACCACUGCUGUGAUUCUCCAAGAGCUAAUAUCUGCCUUAACUACAGAGAGGCCAGUCUCUCAUGAUGGUGUGGCUGUUGGAUCUAACGAGGAAAAUGUUUCAUGUCACAGUGGUCAUUUGUUGAACACAAAACUACCUUUCCAGGCCAAAGUGAAGAAAAUUGGGGCUUCACUUGGUUAUUUAUGUGACGGUGAUCAUCUUAGCCCAGGUUCUGUUUUAGAAGCUUCUUUUUCAAACGACAGCUGCUUGUCAAGCAGUGUGGAUGAUAGCUCAGUACCUUAUCUGCAUCCUGACUCAGUGGAUUGUUCCUAUGAUGGACCGCAACCAUUAGAAUCUGAUGCAGAUCUUUUGGAUUCUGCAACCUCAUUAAGCAAAGGGUGGAAUGGUUUUCAGUUGGUGACUGAUCUCCUUAGCCAUAUUUCUGAAGUAUUACACAGCGCCAGCUUUGCCGACACUGGGCUGAAGGGAGGCAAGCUGGUCCACGCAGAGGAGGUCAUCUUGAACGCUGAACUGAUCUUUAGAAAUGCAGCUCUCCGAAAUUCAAAUGGAAGUAUUGAUUUUUCUAUAACCCAGUUUCUCAUUUAUGAACUGGGGACUCUUGCAAGUUUUUUGUGGGCUGAUUUCGGUCACUUUCUCGGUGUUGAGGACACAAAAGAUUGGAAUCAGCUCAAGGAAUUUCUCUUUGAUUGCGUGGUAGAGUAUUUGGGUUCAAGAUACGGUCUACACUGUAAACCUGAAUUCAGGGCACGGUCUAGAUUACCAUUAUGCAUGACUGCUGAUAUGCUGAUUACCGAGGUUGUUGAGGAGGUUAGAAGGUGGACACACUUGGCUGGGAAGAUCCCAGAUGAGAUAAUUGAGAUGGAGAUGAGUCAUUCUUUAGGGAAAUGGACAGAUUUUGAGAUCGAAGCAUAUGAGACUGGUGCUGAAAUUGACAGGGACUUGCUGCAGAUAAUGGUGGAUGAAAUUGUGGAAGACCUCUGUGAGGGCAAGCUGGGUUUCUCUGAAUCGGAUACAGCGCCUUCUAAUUUUUGAGCUCCUUAAUGCUGGGUGGCAAGCUACAACUGAUUCCCCUACUCUGAUGGCAUUUCUCUAGCUUUUGUUAAUGAGAUGGGAUUGUAUUUUUUCAUUUUUGUAUAAAUCUUUAGAUUCACUCUGGAUGAAUUUCAGAUAGUGAUGUUUAUUAAUGGAAGGAUAGUGACGGUUAUUAGUGGAAGUUAUUUAAUUCUGUAGACAAGCAUUGUACUUGCAAUCAUAGACUGUUAUUUGAUUACUGGUAGUUGCAUUUUAAAGCUCAUUUGUGACGACCAACUUUUGUUUCACUAUAUUCCAAACAAGGGAAAUUCUACUAUAACACC